AUGUCAGAUUCCGUUGGUAGCUCGUCCAUCACAGUGCCCGAAGGUUUUACGCUUCACACGGAAAACACAUCCCACAUCCUGAUUUCAUCGAAGGAGGAGGCAUUUUUGAAUCCGGUUCAGGAAUUCAAUCGGGAUCUCAGCGUCGCGUGCAUCAGAGUAUGGAGCGAAGAAAUAAAUAGGGAGAAGGAAACAAAGUGGAAACAGGCUCAGGAGAGACGUGCGAAAAGGGAGGCCGAAGGAGAGGCGAAGACGGGGCAGCAGAAGAGGGCAAAAACGGAAUCUACUGAACCGAGCACUGAUGGUCCAGAGGAUGAUUUAGUAGCAGGAGAUGUUCAUACUACGGGAGGUACAUCUGAAGGCAACAAACGAGAGGUACUAUACCGUCCCCAUAAGUUUGUGCUGCUUGAAGCACUGUCGGCAACUGGUCUUCGGUCUAUCCGAUAUGCAAAAGAGAUCCCCCUUGUGAGGUUUGUCAUUGCGAAUGACCUGUCUGCAUCUGCUACGGCUGCCAUGAAGAGAAAUGUAGAGCUCAAUGGUCUUGGACCCUCAUCUCAUGGUCCAGUUGACAGCGCGUCAUCAUCCAUGGUGUCGGAGCACCAGCCCCUCCCUGAUCGCGGAAAGGUGAGAAUUAACGAGGGCGAUGCGUGUGCACUCAUGUACAGCCAUCGCACAGAGAAGACACGUGUCGAUGUUGUCGACCUCGAUCCAUAUGGCACUGCUGCACCUUUCAUUGAUGGAGCUGUUCAGUGUGUCAAUGACGGAGGACUUUUAUGUGUCACAUGCACAGACCUGUCAGUUCUGGCGACAACAAACUACCAUGAGAAGUGUUUCUCUAAUUACGGUGGUAUUCCUGUCAAAGCGGAGUACUGCCAUGAGGCAGCUCUCAGGCUCGUGUUAAACACAUUGUCGACUUCGGCAGGCCGGUACGGAAGAUACAUCCAGCCCCUUCUAUGUCUUUCUAUCGAUUUUUAUGUUCGCCUAUUCGUCCGCAUUCACUCCGCGCCGAUAGAAGUCAAAAAGACGGCCAGCAAAACAGCGAUGUAUUUCAUUUGUCAAGGUUGCCAGUCAUUUUACGAGCAGCCGCUGGGCCGGACCGUGGAAAAGGUUCACGAACGUUCAGGCAACGUAAAUCUCCUGUUCAAGACCCAAGCGGGCCCACCUGUUCCGCCAAAAUGCACCGAGUGUGGUUGCGCGUUGCAUGUCGCUGGGCCCAUGUGGUCCGGUCCAUUACACGAUAAUCGUUUCAUCUCAAAAGUGCUUGAGCACCUAGAGAGCAACCAAGAUAAAUAUGGUACAGCAGUCCGCAUGAAAGGGAUGUUGACAGUGGCCAACGAGGAGUUACACGUCCCGUUUUACUUUACACCAUCCCGGAUAGCUGGAUUUUUUCAUUCAAUAUGUCCUCCUUUGGAUGACGUGGCAUCUGCUCUCCUGAAUGCUGGUCACACCGUAUCGCGUUCACAUGCAUUACCAGGCUCUCUGAAGACUGAUGCAACACGUCAAGAUGUGCAUGAUGUCUUCAGGUCCUGGGUGAAGAAGCAUCCGGUGAGAAUGGACAAAGUUUCUGAGACCUCUCUCGCGAGGCAAUUACUCGCGAAGGAAGCAAGGAAGGAGGCUAAUUUCGCCAAACAUCCUCGAUCUGUAACGCAAGCCUCAAAAGUAAAACUCGUUCGCUACCAGCAGAAUCCAGCUCCCAAUUGGGGUCCGGGUACGAAAGCAGACUCCGGUACGAAGCGCAAACGCGAAGAGGAACAUGAAUAG